AUGUAUCAUUCAUCUGGGGAGGAGGUCCAGACGCAGGAGACGGUCCUGUGGGAUCGGAAGACCAAUGGCGGGUUUCCUGAGGUGAAAAUGCUCAAGUCGUUGGUGAGGAAUGUGGUUGAUCCGUCAAGGGAUCUGGGGCAUACGGAUCGGGCGUUGAGGGCUGCUACUAGUAGCAAUAUGUCGGAGGCUGGGGAGAAGGAGUGCGAGGAUUGCCGGUGA